AUGACGCUCACCAACUCAUUCACGAAGACGAGCAGCAGCAACAACGUCGUUGGCAUCGUGAACAGCAGUUACUGUAACAACUUCCGCAGUCACUGUUACAGCGAUAGAGACGUGUUCUGCUCAACAGAUUCUGUGCUGCACAACUGCAUCCAUCAUCCAUUCAAUUGCAGGCCUGAGCUUAAAUGCUUGCAGUGCUCCCGAAAGAGUCAGAAAACUUCCAGUUCCAGCUGCGAGAGUUUGGCUUCAAGUCAUUCAUCGACAACGACUUCCUUACCACGUACCUCUUCGGAAGCUCCGGUGCUUCCAUGUGCCAGACCUCGCGAGAACGUUCUGCUUGUCCCAGUUGAAAUUCACUCCAAAGUCACGUCACGUUCUGAGGAACAUGAAGUUAGAUCUGUUGUCAUGAAUGUUAGUGACCGAGAAACUCCAUCUUCUCAAGAGGUGUUUGGAGAAUCGAAUACAUUUACGCACUCGAUAGUUUUGCGCUCCAAGUUGAAAGACAACGAAUACCUUCCUCCGAAACAUUUACACAGAUCGAAAAGUGAGAAAAUUCGCAAGCCUCUUGAUGAAAUUUCUCCAUCAUCUACUAGCACCUAUUCAUUUUCUAGUCACCAUAUGCUUUCUGAUAAUAUCACAAGCAUUUACAUCAGUGGGAGCCAAAAAUGCCACAACAACGUAGUUCGGUGUAACACCGACGGAUCUUUCCCGUCACUAAAUGAACGAAUUCAUUCCGUCCUUCGCGGGUGUCAGUCAGCGGAUUCAUUUUGCCCCUCGUUGGACCAAAGGACGAUUGAAGAAAUCACGGAAGUUUCUCCUAGUGAACCAGACAAGCCACAAGGUUCGCUGAAUACUUUAAGAAUCGAAAUUGAUGACGUAAAUUCAAUAGUUGAGAGCAAGCAGCAAAAUCAAGUCAAAAAUGAAAUAGUCGAUCGUCCUAAGAGAGUUGACACAAGCAGUGCUCCACCAGAAAAUUCUACCCGAGAUGAACGACUGAGGAAAGCGAAUUUCCUCGUGAGGAAUCACAGCGAACUUAGUUUCGAGUUUUUAGAUACAUCGAAAAACCCAGAUCGAAAACACUUGAGCAUGUCUACCUCUUUGCCAACGCAUGGAUCUGCAGGGACAGACGCCUCCAAGAAAUGGAGCGGUUUACGUGGCAUUGUCAUCACUGAUGAGAACCUCGUCAAUAGAAUUCCUGUGUUCAUAUCUCCUUAUACGUGUGAUACGCCACAGCGGUUGGUGUCCAAAGUUCAGCUUAGAUUUUCUGAAGUUGAUGCAGGAUUCCUCUCUGUGCCUGACACACAAUUGCGACGCAGAAAGAAAAGAACUCGCAAGUCCAAGUCCGUUGAGAGGCUAGGGGCGCGCGAGCCCCAAAAUAUGGCUCUCGCAAAACGCCGGCUUUCGAGGAGCUGCUGCGAACUACUAGUACCUGAUAAGGACUUUUCUGCUGAAUAUGAGCGAGCCAAGAAUGAUAAUUCUCCAACCAUCGCUCAAAUCCACGAUUUUCGUCAAUCCGUCAUAGAAUCCAAGAAAUUGGCGUGUAGUAAUAUCUGUUUACUGAACAAGAAUGACUUAGAUCAUUUUGCAAACAGCAAGACGCAACAAGCCGUUACCCAGAUUGACAAAUCCAGUGAAAAUUCAAACAAAAGCAAGUCUUUCAGUGCAUUAGCAAAUAGAUUUAUUUUAGAUCGACUAUCUUUUAGGAAUAGCUUAUUACGCUUCCAUUCGUCCGGUGACCUGGUGCCUUCUAGUCAAAACAAACAGCGGAACUUGGCUGAAAGAUCAAGAAAAAAAUCCAACACUCUUCCUAACAACUUGUUCAAAAGUAGAGAAUAUGGCUGGGAAGAUACGAAGACCAAACAUCUGAAGAUAAAUUUACAGCUAAAGAAGAACAGAACUAAAGAUAUUUACAGUGAAUACUUCAAAGAAUCUAGUCAUAGAGAUGUAAAUUUCCGAGCCAAAGGAACGGGUACAAUCAUCAAUACAUCUUUCUCCAAGUAUGUCAGCAAAUUCUUCUCUUUCCAAAAGGAUGAAAAUUCAACUAAGAAUUCCUCUGCCGCGAACGAUGCAAUAUUGUGGGAAAUCAACUCCGCGACUCCGUUCGGGAAGCAUACUUGGUCCUCUACAAACGACAAAACUAAAUCUGAUAACAAUUCUACGAACGUCGAUUUAAAAAAUAUCGUGAUUCCUCAGGCAACAUUCCAGUCAAGUUUGUUUAUCAACGAUUUGCUUAACGACCAGGACCAAUCGAUCAGUUAUCGAUCUAGUCUCGAAAAUAUUCGGUUGAUAAAGCCAACCGAUAAAGCUGCGAAAUCCACCAGCGCGUCUGCAACAUCCACUAACGCUGCUGCAACAUCCAUCAACAAUGAUACCACAUCCACCCAUACACCUCCUACGUUCACAAAUGCGGCGGCAACAUCCAGCAACCCAGCUACAAAAUCCACCCUAACGCAUACACCAGUAAAUUCAAUACAAAAUCUGAACGGUAGUGAGCAGACUAACAAUCCUACAACAAACUCGAGUGACAGCGUCUCGACGCCCCGUACCGUCACAAGGCGUGCCAAGCACGCCAGAAUUCUGGAGUCGGUCCCUCGCUUCUGGCGAGCUGGCAGGCAUAGAGUCCAGGCAGCCUCGGUCGUCACUGACAAUGUACUGCAGCAGCUGGUGGUCGCUGGAGAGCUCACGUGCAGCAAGGAAGACGCUGCGUCGCUGGCUUGCAUUCAACUGCGCAUCGAAGAAACUUGUAACCCCAACAACCCCUCACUAAAUAUCUAUGCCCCUCCCCAACAACCCCAGGCCACGUCCAGCACACCCUCGACAACCCCAUCCACAUCUCAGGCAGCCCCAGGCACCCUUGGGGUCCCUGGGGCUACCAUUCUGAAAAAAACGGUAUCAUCAGUUGCUUCAACCUCAUCGCAAGCGACAUGUGGGGUGAAGGUCACUCCAUCCACUCCCCACAUCACCACCACAGCCCCACCGAUGCUGGUGACGCCCCGAGGCAGCACCUCGACCCUCACGGGGACCGUCACUCCCCAUUUCGGCGCCCUGUCCCCACAGCAUCACCCCAACACUCCCGCGUGUCCGCCUUCCCCAUGUUUGUCAUCCCACCACAGCAUCCCCACCCUCCCCCCGCACCUGCAGCAGUCCAGCAGUAACCUGCUGCAGCAGGCGGGCAGCAGCAGCAACCUGCUGCAGCCUGCAGGUGCUGCAUUCAGCUUCGGUGCUCAGCUCACAGGCAGCUUGAGCAGCACGCUCACCAACACCAUCUCGCGCCGCUCCUUCUCAGCGGCCUCCCCCAGCUCCCACUGGCUCCACGUGCCUCCCUCCCCCCAGCCCCGGGGUAGCAUCCAACUAAGCAUCCCGCCGUCGCCCGACUCCACCCCUCCCCCCAGCCCCGGGCACGGUAGUAUCCAACUGAGCAUCCCGCCAUCGCCCGACUCCCGCCGCCACACCAUCGUCGGCACCACCGACGACGACGAGGCGUCCAUCGCCGCCGUCACCUUCGGGUGGUCGCCGUCCAAGAGGAUCUCGACUGCCUUCCCCUCGACGCUGCCUCCCUCCUGA